GCAUACUCCAAAGCUGACCGAACCGCCUAAGAGUCGCAAUGAACAAUGGUUCUACGUUAUAUCCAAUUAGACCCAAAGAACUCAAAACCGUAUCACUCUAAACCAUUGGAGGCCGAAAUUGGAACCGGAGAGAUUCAACUGUAACGUGUUCACUGCAAUUGCUUUCGUCAAAGAUUGGCCGCCCUCCAGAGGCGUGGUCACCGACAACACUUCAUAAGGUGUGCUUGCUAAUAACACUUUCAAUUUCAAUAUACACACGUUUCCACCAUCGUCAAUUUUACCGCGCUCUCGUUCGCUGUCUUCUUAGUUAGGGCACGAACUGUCUCCUUUCCUCACCCCAAAUUGCACCGAUCCUUCGAUCUCUCGCCCGUCGAUUUAGAGCCUGAACAGAGAUUUCUGGUCAUUUGGCUCUCUCUGUACACAACCAUGCCGCGGUAUUAUUGUGACUAUUGUGACACUUACCUGACACAUGACUCGCCUUCUGUUAGAAAACAGCACAAUGCAGGGUACAAACACAAGGCGAACGUCAGAACCUAUUAUCAGCAAUUUGAGGCACAACAAAAUCAAAGUUUGAUCGACCAAAAGAUCAAGGAACAUCUCGGGCAAACUGCUGUGUACCAGCAAGUUGGUCCUGCAUACAACCAAAUGAGGCCCCGUUUGCCUAUUCUUCCUACUCCCAUGAUGCCUGGCCAAUUUCCUGUUAAUUCACUACCUGGAGUUCGACCACCAGUCUUCCCAAGACCACUUCCUGGUACACCAGGUUACAUGUCUGCUCCUAUGAUGCCACCAAUGGUGGCACCACCUGGUGCUCCAAUGCCCGGUCAAGUUAAUGGUCCCCCAAGACUACCAACAAUGAGUGGCCCCACAGGAGUUCCUGGAAGCAUGGCGGCACCCACUGCUAGUGGUCCCGCCUCAAUGGUUUUUCCAGUUACAUAUCAGGCUUCUUCAGCGGCACCCACAAGUGGAGGUGGCGGUGGUUUCGAUUUGAAUGCUCAGCCUCCUGAGGCUAAUCAUUAGACUGUCGUUUUUUUCAUAAUAUUGGAUCUACGAGCGGUAUGAUGUUUUCGAGCUAAAAAACAUGGUGCAAGGAAGGUGGACUAUGUCAUCGAAGGAGAGUAGAUCACUGCCUUUUGUCUGCAGUAGUAGUUUAAGGUUGCUUUUGUGUUUGUCUGUGUGAUUUUGGUUAUUUCAAACAGUGACUAUAUGAAUCUUCAUCAUUUCAUC